UCGUCGUCCCCUCGCCUACAAUAAACCGGUUUGGGUUACAAAAAAAUCUGUGUGUAAAAGUACAGAUAUAAUGAAAAGGUUGUAAUUAUUUUAUCUAUUUAUCGAUUAAUGAAUCGAUUAAUCAGAAAACUUUAACUUUCUGAAUAAAACUCGAUUAAUGUUAUUCAUUUGAUUAAUCCUACCUUGCCUAGGAUUUAGUAAACAUCUCAGUUUAUCUUCUCGUAAAAAAUUAUUCACGUUUGUUGUGUUUAAUCAACGUAAAAGUUUAAAUGGAUUCUAUAGUGUGUGCUGAGAGAGUAAACACCCGAGCUGUUAUAAAAACGGCAACUGAUUUGCAAAGGUUGAAAUUGGAGAAGUUAAUGAUGAAUCCGAAUAAGCCAAUUGUAAUACCCGAGAUUCACAAAGAAAAAGGUUAUAAUCAAAUAGCACCAUCCUUUGUGCGCAAUGUUAUGGGAUCUAGUGCUGGUGCUGGUUCCGGGGAAUUUCAUGUGUACCGCCAUUUACGGAGGAAGGAAUAUUCUCGACAAAAAAACAUACAAGCAAUGAGUAUCAAAGAGCAGCAAGAUCAAGAAUUUCAAAGAAAGCUUGAGCAAAAUAAACGUAUCGCACAGGAAAGAACAGCGAAAAAAAGAGCAAAACGGCAAAAAAAAAAAGAACAAACAAAAAAAAAAAAUGCUGGCAAGGAAAUUCUAGAACACAAAAUGGAUCUCGAGAAAAAUAAUUAGCUUUUAUGUAAUUAAUAUAAUUAAUUAGAAAAUUGAACUCUCCUCAUUACUUAAAAUCAAGGACGGAAAGCGGGAGCGGAACCGUAUUCGUAACCAUUUUGUUCUUUAUAUUAAUUGGAUCCCAGCAAAUUUCUAACAGUUUUAGGUUAUAAUAAUAUGAAAAAUAAUCGGAAUAAAAAGUACAACAAUGUUAAUGUGAUUAUUUAAGCAAAUACUAUACUAAUAAAGCAAACAGUAUAUUCGCAGAAA